AGACAAACGUCUCUAUCCCUGCCAUUUUUUUCAACUUCAUUUGGAUAACAUUUCAUACCCUGAAAUUCUCUUCCUUUUACAUCCACAUAUUAUAUUAGGAAGGAUAUUUGCAGCAGAAGUUUGACGUUGAAGUUAAUAUUCAAGCUAAUUAAAGAGAAAAUGGCGGCAGAAGCAGCAGAUAUUGAUGUUGGUAGCAGAAAAGACCAUAGAUGGUCUCUUCAUGGACUCACUGCUGUUGUCACCGGUGGAACCAAAGGAAUUGGGUAUGCAAUUGUGGAAGAACUAGCAGGGCUAGGAGCAAUUGUACAUACAUGCUCACGUGAUGAGGAGCAGCUGAAUGAAUGCCUAAGCAAAUGGAAGUUAAAGGGUUUCACGGUCACUGGCUCUGUCUGCAAUUUAAAGUCUAAAGCUGAACGAGAAAAGCUAAUAAACCACGUCUCCUUGUUGUUCAGUGGGAAGCUUAACAUCCUCAUAAACAAUGUGGGAACUGCGAUUACGAAACCAACAGAAGAAUACACAGGAGAGGAUUUUUCACACGUCAUGGGCACCAAUCUUGAAUCGGCUUACAGUAUGUGCCAACUUGCAUUCCCUCUUCUCAAAGCUUCCACUGCAGGUAGCAUUGUUCUUGUUUCUUCUGUUGCUGGCGUUGUAGCCGUAGAUGUUGGAACUUUAUACUCCAUGAGCAAAGGAGCAAUAAAUCAAUUAGCAAAAGAUUUGGCAUGUGAGUGGGCAAAAUACAAUAUAAGGAUCAAUAGCGUUGCACCUUCGUUCAUCAAAACUCCCCUAGUUGAACAUUAUCUGAGCGAUGAAAAGUUUUUGGAGGCUAUAAAGUCGCGAACACCUAUGGGACGCACAGGAGAACCCAAAGAGGUGUCUUCAUUGGUGGCAUUCUUAUGCUUACCUGCAGCCUCAUACAUAACAGGCCAGACCAUUUGCAUCGAUGGAGGGAUGACUGUCAAUGGCUUUCAAUUCAAAUCGCUGUGAAAACCAACGUUCCAUCCAUGCUUGGACAAAAUAAAUGGAAUCCCACAUCAAAUUAAUUUUCUCAAUUAAAUAAUUUAUGCUGUUCUUUGUUAGCUGCUACUUGCACUGCUGUGUAGUACCAAGUGUUUAUGCCUUGUUAAUUAAUCUUCCAUUUUGUUCCUAGUUUGAAACUUGAAAAUUAAUAAAUCAUAUUUAAUUCGAA